CGUCAGCCCACGUGACCAACUGGCAGGCGUUCCAUUCCGUGGGCGUCGCUUCGCGUGCGUAAACUUUCCGAGCUGCCUUAGGAUUAAAUACUCCAAGUGACAUGCUCGGAUGGAUUCAGGGUCAUUGAAAUACCGUGCAGUAUCAUUGGUGAUUUAAUUGGAGGUUUAUAAAGUUGCGUGCUUGAAUGUGGUUGGCUACUACACAUCUCAUUUGAUACACCCGGUCGAUGAAAGUCGUGUUCUAUGUAUCGCUUCAAGAGUUCCAAAUACAAAAAUGCCACUCCAAAGGUUCCGAAGAAAGGAGAGGGUUGGGUGUUGGACCUAUCUAUUGGUGCUCCACAGUCCUUUGGGAACCAUAUCAAAGCUAGUGCUCUAUUCAAGGCAUUUAGUGUAGAUAAUAGAGGAGGUGGUAGUCUGGGUAUUCUUCCACUCGAUGAAAUUGGGAAAAAGAGCAGGAACUGCCCUCUUCUUCAUGCCCAUGCAGAUUUUAUUACAGACUUCGACUUUUGCCCCUAUGACGAUGGACUGCUGGCUACUUGCUCAUAUGAUUCAACAGUAAAAAUAUGGCGCAUUCCAGAAGAAGGGGUACCGGCGAAUGGAGUUCAGAAUGCAGAGAUGGUGCUGCAAGCUGGCCGAUCACGCGUGGAAAAUGUGGUUUUCAACCCAGCAGUUGACUGCGUGCUGGCAUCUGCCACGGACCGUUUGCUUCAGCUGUGGGAUCUAGUCAGCCAGACAGCCAUUAAUUCUAACAAUAAGCACACUGAAGUGGUACAGAGCCUGAGCUGGAAAGGUGACGGUAGCCAAGUUGUCAGCUCAGGACGAGAUAAGAAGCUGCGUAUCUGGGACCCACGUGUAUCUACAGGAGGUCUCGAGGCGAAUGGCCAUUCCAACAACAGAGAUUCCAGGGUGGUGUGGCUGGGCAACACAGAUUACAUUGUAUCAACUGGGCUCGGGACUGCCCGUGAAAGGGAAGUGUCCUUGCGUGACGUCCGCAAGUUCAAUGUCCAAUGUGCCAGCACCACGGGAGAAAGUGCAAUGGGUGUCUUCAUUCCACUGUAUGAUCCGGACACCAACAUGCUUUUCUUGGUUGCAAAGGGUGAUAUCACUGUCAACUUCUGGGAAGUAACAUUCAAGGAGCCAUUCCUCAAUGAAGCCUCCAAGUAUAUGGGAGAGGUUCAGACGAAGGGAGCAGGACUAGUGCCAAAACGAGCACUGAAGGUGAUGGACGGAGAAGUGAACAGGGUUUUGCUCUUGGGGCAGGAUUGCAUUGUGCCUGUUUCAUACCAAGUCCCACGAAAGACUUACCGAGACUUCCAUGCAGACAUAUUUCCGGACACUCAACCAGCGAGUCCAACUAUCACUGUCUCUGACUGGUUAGAAAAAAAGAGUGCGAGGGUGAUCUCUAAGGUGAGCCUCGAUCCUGAAAAGCGGCCAAAAGAGGGUCUGGUACGCCUGAACCACAAGCUGGGCUCUGGAGUUGUGGGCGGCAUGAGCAUCAAAGACGAACGUGUCUUGAAAGAAAUCAAUGUUGCAAAUUCGGAGGCGUGCAUCAGAAGUCUGGAUGAUGAGAAGAGCAAGCAGGUGGUUUCCGAGAAGGGUGAUAGGCCUGAGAAGCUGGAGAAGCCACUUAUUGCUCCGAAGCCAGCACCACGCACCAGGGUAUCGAGCAAGUCUGAGGACUCAUCUGGUAAUGCUCCAUCGUCUCAGAAUGGCACCACAACAGAAAGUGUCUCGUUUCGAGCCGGUCAGCGUUCAAGUAUUGUGUCAUCAAGCAGCGUGAGCAGCUGUGGAAGUCCUGUCGCAGCACCUAGAGGCUCUGCUCCUGUUCGCAGGCAACCGUCACGUAGUGAGGGACGUGGAUUCAAGGUACGAGUGUCGAAGUUCAGACACCUCAAUGGCGUGGUAGGAUCACGGGACACGCAGAUCACAAAUCUUCCACCAUUGUGCAAGACCAUUCCAGGAGAGAGCGAAGGGUUCAGGGCCAACACUGACCGUUUGGCGCUCCCUUUGGCUAUUUCAGGUGGCCAUGUGGCCAUUCUAGAGUUGACCAAGAGGGGACGUUUGCAGUCAGGUGUGGUGCCCAGCCUGAUAUGUGGGACCAGUGUGAUGGACUUUGCAUGGGAUCCAUUUGACAACAACAGGAUUGCCAUUGCAUGUGAUGACGGCAGAGUACGGAUCUGGACAGUACCGGAAGGUGGUCUAACAGAGAGCUUGACUGAGCCAGACUUCGAGCUCAAGGGUCAUACGGAGAAGGUCCAUUUCGUAAAGUUCCACCCAACAGCUGCUGACACCCUUGCAACAGGGUCCCACGACCUGACAGUCAUCCUGUGGGACCUGGAAAGUCGACAGGAGAUGAUACGUCUUCAGGGCCAUACUGACCAGAUCUUCUCCCUCGCUUGGAAUCCGGAUGGCAAGACGUUGGCAACUGUGUGCAAAGACCAGAGGUUGCGCAUCUACAACCCUCGGCAGAGUGAAGAACCCAUCAGCGAAGGUCCUGGUCCAUCGGGAACACGAGGUGCACGUGUGACAUGGGUGCUAGGUGGAACACAUCUGGUCACUACCGGCUUUAACAAGGUAUCUGAACGUCAAGUGAGCCUUUAUGAAGUCAGAGACAUUUCCUCACCUUUGACAACGGAAGGCAUUGAUGUCAGCCCUGCCAUACUCAUUCCAUUUUAUGAUGAAGACAGUUCUACACUAUUCCUCACAGGAAAAGGGGACUCUACAAUAUUUGCGUUUGAGGUGGCAGCAGAUAGCCCACACUUCUUUCCCUUGUCCCACUAUAAGUGUGGAUGUCCCCACCAGGCAGUGUCCUUCUUGCCCAAGGUAGCCUGCAAUAUUGGGGAGGUUGAGUUUGCCAAAGCCUUUCGGCUCACUACUACCACUGUGGAACCCCUCUCCUUCAAGGUGCCUCGACUAAGAUCGGAGCUUUUCCAAGAUGACCUGUUCCCAGACACAAGGGUCACGUGGGAACCAGCCAUGACCAGUACAGAAUGGUUUUCGGGCGGCUGCCGCCAAGCUAGCCUCGUUAGUCUCAGGCCCAGUGGGAUGGAACUUUUAUCAGAAGCCCCCGAGGUCAGACCUCCAGCGCCCCACGUUCCAAGAAUGACACUGCCGGAUGUUAACCUAGAGUUUGAAGGGGACCUGACACUGUCCAGUUCCCUCAUCGAGAGCAACAGGGAGAAAGAGGAACAGAUAAUAAAUUCCAUGAAGUCUCGGAUUGCGAACCAAGACGCAGCACUACCACAAGACACGUUUGAGGGAGUAGACCCCAAGGAAUGGGUAAGCUGGGCCUUCAAAUGCAAUGCAGUUUAAUUUGCAUUAGUAGCGGUUUGUACAAAAAUAAGCAGCACAUUUGUCAUCCGACAGGACGAAGACGUCUGAAGGGAAGACGACAUUCGUGAAACGCCCUCUUUUGUGGACUGUGUUAUUCUUUAUCUCCCUCCUAAUUUAUUUCAUAAUCCUCCGAUACAAGUGGAAAGAUGCUCAAUUCCAUCUGUUUUUGCACAGAGAUUUAUGUUUUACCAGUUAAUAAUUUUUUAAAUUCAAAUUUAAUACAUUGCACAAAGUGGUUGGCAGAAUCCAACCCGGUCUCGAGGGAUGAGUCGCAACUCUGAACCGUGUUUGAGGAAGACGUCACCUGCCGAAAGAAACAGAACGCACGAUUAAACGUGGGAACGGAGUUUCAACUACUCAGCCUUGUACUUUACAUGUGUCUUACACGUUAAGCAACAACACUUAUCGAGGCACUCAUUCAACAAAACUAUUUAGCUUCCAUUGUUUUACGAGGUGCCAAAAAUUGCAUUCCACAUCCUAACUAAGCUAAUGAGCUAACAACUAACACUUAAAAUAUCCUAAAGAUACUCCUCCACAGAUUGCAAUAAUUUUUUGAGGUACUGUUUUACAUACUGUGUGUAUUUGCAUAAUUUUUCAAAAUGCUAUUUACUAUAUUUGCCCGGACACUUGUAUACAUCGUGUUGAAGAUGAAAUCGCUGUUCUCGCUUUUUUUUUUUUUGCUACAUGUACACUGAAGAAUGUCAUGUGUAACACAAUUGUUGUUCUAACAAGAGCAUGCGUGCUAGUCACACAGAUGCUGUAUAUUUACCAUGUGCCACAGCAAAAUGUCUCAUUUUGCGUGUAAUUAGUGAUUUUUGCAGGUAGAACUAUGUUAGCGGCUGCCACAACCCAAUUCUGCGCAUUUUCUUUUAGCUCUAUUAUUUUUGUCUCAUAAUAAAAUAUUUUAUAAAUAAA